UAUCCUUACAGCAUCUCUUUUUUCACAUCUAUCUCAUAUCUCUCAUACAUCUAAGCCUCUUCCGAUUUUCCAUUCUGUUCAAAAUGUCCUUCAAGCCUUUGCCUACCUUCGAUGAGUUACCAGUGGACAAGAAAGGACCAUUCUUGAAUGCUUGGGGACUGUAUGGAGACAACGACCAGCUGGGCUUCUUGAACCGUUUGACAGAUGAUGUCGUCAAAGAAGCAGCCAGAGAGAUUCAGUCUGGUACAAGAACUUCUCUCAACUGGCCCAUGGAUGCUCAAAAGGACAUACCUUUCUUCGGCCGUCAAGUCUUUCACAAGCACGUCUACCAAAAGCCACCUCGAGUUGUCAACGACGAUGUGUGGACCUUCAACACCCAAAGCAGCAGUCAAUGGGAUGGUCUUCGUCAUUUUGCCUACCAGAAGGAAGCAAAGUUCUACAAUGGUGUCACUCUCGACGACAUCCACAGCGACGACUCCACAGUCAACGGCAUCGGAGCUUGGAGUGAGAAAGGCAUCGUCGGUCGAGGCAUUCUGCUUGACUAUGAGGCCUGGCGUGAAACUCAUAGCCACCCUCAAAAAGACGCCCUCAAAUCUGGAACCAUAACACUCUCCGAGCUCAAAGCUGUCGCCGAAUGGGAAGGUGUAGAGAUCAAAUUCGGCGAUAUCCUGAUCGUACGAUCUGGGUACAUGGUUCAGUACAACAAGCGCUCGAGAGACGAACUUGAAGCUCUUAGUAAGAUUCUACCACCUACGUUCUUGGGUGUUGAGCAGAGUACGGAAGUGCUGAAUUGGAUUUGGGAUAACUUCUCUGCGGUUGCUGGCGACCAACCGUCCUUUGAAUGCUGGCCAUCAACUCAAUCAUACAUGCUUCAUGAAGUCCUCCUAGCAGGUUGGGGAUGUCCUAUUGGCGAACUUUUCGAUCUCGAGGCUUUGUCUCGUCAAUGCGAAAAGACUGGACGCUACAGCUUCUUCGUCGCCAGUGAGCCUUGCAAUGUACCCGGAGGUGUGGCCAGUCCACCGAAUAUCAUUGCAAUCCAGUAGUAUGUCCCAUAAUGAAACAUUAUUUCUCUGC